GGCACCUGCAACAACUGGUGGGGCACCUAGCUGCCUUGCACUUCCACAUAGCGACAUCUCGUCUCCAGUAUCAGCCUACCCAAACAGUCGCAUCCUUCCCUUCUACCAGCAAGGCACUCUGUGCUCAUCCUACCUGGCAUACGAGCUGCACGAUUCCACCCUUGAGCGAGAGUCGCCAAGCAUGGACCACGGAGGGAGGUUCCACCACGAAGAGCCAUUCGGCCACGAGUCGCGCAACUCCUUUUUCGACCAGGAAGGCCUGGUCCCUUAUAGACCCGGUGGCUACCAUCCCGUGUCUCUAGGAGAUUGUUUCAAAGAAGGCCGAUAUCAGGUUCACCACAAGCUUGGGUGGGGCGGCUUCUCCACGGUCUGGCUGGCCAAAGAUAAAAUCCGUGACGAAUGGGUUGCCCUCAAAGUCUUGGCGGCGCGGGUCGAUCAAGAAAAGUCGUCCAGGGAAAUAAGCAUACUACGAGAACUGUCCAACAGCCCUGAUGCCGCCCAGACAUGUAUCGUGCGCUUGUUGGAUGAUUUCCAUCAUACCGGGCCUAACGGACGCCACCAAUGCCUGGUGCUUGAAUUACUCGGUCCAAGUCUGAUCAACGUCAUCGACGGCGCCAAUCCCAUGCCUGGCCAGCCUCGUGGUGAAGAUGAUGGCAUGAUUGCUGAAGAUAUAUUCCGUGUGGCGAGGCAAUUACUAAGUGCACUAGCGGUCCUGCACGAGAAUGGAAUUGCCCAUGGCGAUAUCAGCUCACAUAACGUUGCCUUCUGUGCGAGCAAUAUACGCCACGCAUCCGAGGAGGACGUCUUGGGCGUAGUUGGGACUCCGGUCGUCGAGGAUCUCAUCCGAGAAGACGGACAGCCGGUUGAGCCGAGAUUCCCCAAGCACCUCGUGAGGCGGGCCGAGUGGUUUGGGUGGGUCGGCGAAGGAGUGGAAGACAUUCGGCUAGCGGACUGGGGCGAGUCCUUCCGUUUAGGAGAAGAGCCUCCACGCCUGGCCCAGCCCGCUGAUUGCAAGGCUCCAGAAACCAUAUUCACCGAGCGUCUUGACUAUCGCGUCGACUUGUGGAGAGCGGGGCUUGUUAUAUAUCACAUGGCGAUCGGCUAUAAGCCCUUUGGGGCAUAUCGAGAGGAUGCGUUCCUCGUCUCGCAGAUGAUCGGCUUUAUAGAAGACCUACCGGACGAGUGGAAGGGAAAAUGGCGCAAAAUGAAAGAAGAGUCUGAAGAAUCAUAUGAUGAUGUUGACCCAGAUUCCCACUGGCUCGAGAAAAGAUUCGAUGAGCUUGUCCAAGACCCCCGUGAUCCAUCUCUACGGCCACUGCUGCCGGUGAUCAAGGGCCUGAUGAGAUUCCGCCCGUCCGACAGACUGUCCGCUGCGCAAGCUCUGGAGCUAGUUCCCGAGAUUGAUCCCGAGCCCCUGACAGAAGUUAAGUCACGGAUGUAUUAUAAAUCAACGGUAAUACUGUGAUAAGCGCGAGAACUUACAUUCACAAGAUUCAAAGCCGUCACUUCUUGACAACUGCCCAGCAAACCUAUUCACAACAG